UGCAGUAAGUGUCCAACUUUGUACUGCAUUCUAAUUCUGCCAUGAGUAGCGAGAAAAUGGAGGACAAUCCCAUGAUUUUCACUGUGUGCUUUUCAUGAGAGGACAUCGAAAAGCGAUCCUUUGGCAACAAAACAUCAGAUACAUAGUUUACAACUUUACUCAAGUCUAAACCAGUUCUUGGAUUAAGUUACCACUUAAAAUCACAUGCAAAGAUGCAUACCAGACUGGAAUGGAACAAGCAUGCAGAUGUAACCCCUCACAUGUCUUGGGAGGAAGGGGAGUUUGAGCCCUGAAAGGGGUACUGGGAUGUGUGUAGGCCAGCAGGAGCCAGAGCCAAAGAGGCAGCAGCAAUAAAGACGAGCAACAACAGGAAUUCUAAUCUUCCCUCACAUCUUUCCCACUGCAGGCUGUUAUAUAUUCAACUCAGAACUGAGUGUGAUUUGUUGUGAAGUGUUUGUGAGUACUUGGCUUUUGAAUCCGUGCCAGCCAGACCAGGUCAGGUUCACUCAUGAGGCCCAAGACCUUCCCUGCCGCCCCAUAUGUGGGCAACACCCGCCAGCGUCUGCAGGAAAUCAAGGAGGGACUGAAACAGCCAGCAAAGCUGGUGAGCCAGGCGCUUCAUGGAGGCAGUGCAAGAGGGGACGGGGGCAGAGGGGGUGAUUCUAAGGGCAAAGACCAAGCUGGUAGGCAACAGCAGCUCCGGCAGCCCCAGAAGUUCAACAACUACCAAAACGCCCUACGAGAGAUCCGCAAGUCUCUGAUGCCCUUUGCCAAUGAGUCGGGUCCAGGAUCCAGUUCAGUGCACCCUGGUGAAGUCAACAGACAGAUGCUACAGGAGCUUGUCAAUGCUGGUUGUGAUCAGGAAAUGGCAGUGCGUGCCCUGAAACAGACUGGCAGCCGUAACAUUGAGGCAGCAUUGGAGUACAUAAGUAAAAUGGGUUACCUGGAUCCACACAAUGAACAGAUUGUACGUGUCAUCAAACAGACUUCACCAGGAAAAGGUGGUAUGCAAAAUUUGAUGGACCACAGAUCAGCAAUGGAGGGUACAGGGGAAGCUGCCAUGGCCCCAUAUCACCAAAUGGGGGCACCACUAUAUGAAGGAGCUAGUUAUGGGGCUGAUGGUGAGAUGGCUCGAGCAUUCAUGGGUGGACCACCUGUUAUGAACUACAUGUCGUCUGCCAACUCUUCACAGGGUCCUGCCAUGGGAAACCCAAUGGGUCGUCCUGCCAGUAUGGGUGCCUACUCCACAGGCAUGGCUGCUCAAAAUAACCCGGGGAACCCUAUGUAUACUGCUAGUCCAGCCCAGCAAAAAGGCUACCCAGGUGGGAUGGACCAGUCCAUGAUGGGCUACAGUGUGCCUGGACCACCCAUGCAACUUCAGUCACAGCCUACGGGAGGACCUGGCCCUCAUUAUGACUAUAGGCCUCAUAUGAUGGAACCUUCCAGCUAUGGAAUCAAACGGAGUGCUUCCUUCCAGAAUAAGAUGCCUUCACUCUCACCAGACAACUAUGUUACUAUGCCAAGCAAAGGAGCAAUGGGCCAAAAUGGUGGUGGCUACACUCCCAACUUAUAUCUGGCACCACAUUCGCACCCACGCCAGGCCAGCCCCACCUCACACCAGGUUCACAUGAUGCCACGUCCCUCUGGUGUGGCCACAGCAGCAAUAGGUGCUGAAUUCUCAGAUGUUCCUCAAGGUCUUCUCACUCCUUCCAGGGCUAGUCUGAACCUUGACCUGUAUGAGCAUCACUGGCCAGGUGCCCAAGUUCCUGAUGGGGCUCCUCCAGCUAGGCAGCCACAGGGGCCCUUUAGAGGGGAGGUACGUGUCCCAAGUAGAACCAAUUCUUUCAACAACCACCAAAAGGUCACUGUGAGGCAGGCGUUGCCUCCAACAGCAAGUGUUGCUGGCAAGCAGGAGGCAUCUUUGGGCCCACCUAACACAAUCACUGCAGUGACAUCUCCACCAAUCCAGCCACCUGUUAAGAGUAUACGGGUCAUGAGGCCCGAGCCAAAGACGGCAGUGGGGCCGUGCCACCCUGGCUGGCUAAGUGCACAAGCCCAAGAAGCAGCUGAGUCUCAUGGUUAUAUGCCAGAUGAGACUUUUACCUUGGAGCCUAACCAAGAACACCGCUGCCCUCCUCCACCUUACCCCAAAACACUGUUACUUCCUGGAUCUGGACCUGAGCCUGCAUCGCUUGAGUCUGGAGCCAUGGGUGGACUUCCAGAUGUCAUUGCUACAAGUAUAACUGCCCAGAGUGCCUCAGCAGGAAAGCAGGAGGAACCUGUCUCCAAAGACAAAGUGAAGGCAGGCAAAGGAGAGAAGACUGUGAAAGAUAAGAAGCAGAUCCAGACCUCACCGGUGCCUGUGCGAAAGAAUGCCCGAGAUGAAGAGAAGAGGGAGUCACGAAUCAAGAGUUACUCUCCCUUCGCUUUCAAGUUCUACAUGGAGCAGCAUGUGGAGAAUGUGAUGAAGACCUACCAGCAGAAACUCAAUCGCAGGAUGCAGCUGGAGCAAGAGAUGUCCAAGGCUGGCCUAUCAGAGGUAGAGCAGGAACAGAUGAGGAAGAUGCUGUACCAGAAGGAAUCCAAUUAUAAUCGACUACGACGUGCCAAGAUGGACAAAUCUAUGUUCGUCAAAAUCAAGACGCUUGGCAUUGGGGCCUUUGGUGAGGUGUGUCUUACACGCAAAGUGGACACAGGAGCUCUCUAUGCCAUGAAGACUCUACGAAAGAAAGAUGUUUUGAACCGGAACCAAGUAGCCCAUGUGAAAGCAGAACGGGACAUCUUGGCAGAAGCCGACAAUGAGUGGGUAGUCAGGUUGUACUACUCAUUCCAGGACCGAGAUAGCCUGUACUUUGUCAUGGAUUACAUUCCUGGAGGAGAUAUGAUGAGCCUGCUGAUCCGGAUGGGGGUUUUCCCAGAGCCCUUAGCCAGGUUCUAUGUGGCAGAACUGACGCUAGCUAUUGAGAGUGUGCACAAAAUGGGCUUCAUUCACAGAGAUAUCAAGCCAGACAACAUUCUCAUUGACCUGGAUGGACACAUCAAACUGACUGACUUUGGUCUGUGUACUGGGUUCCGUUGGACUCACAACUCAAAGUAUUACCAAAAAGGUAACCAUAUCCGGCAGGAUAGUAUGGAACCAAGUGACUUUUGGGAUGAUGUGUCUAACUGCCGUUGUGGUGACCGCCUGAUGACUUUGGAACAGCGGGCGACUCGACAGCACCAGCGUUGCCUGGCACACUCUCUGGUGGGCACUCCUAACUAUAUCGCCCCUGAGGUGCUUCUGCGCAAAGGCUAUACACAGCUGUGUGACUGGUGGAGUGUAGGAGUAAUCUUGUUUGAGAUGCUGGUUGGCCAACCCCCCUUUCUUGCUCCAACCCCAACAGAGACGCAGCUUAAGGUGAUAAACUGGGAGAACACUCUUCAGGUGCCUCCACAAGUGAAGCUGAGCCCUGAGGCAGUUGACAUCAUUGGUCGGCUCUGCUGCUCAGCUGAAGAGCGUUUAGGGGGCAACGGGGCUGGAGAGAUAAAAGCUCACCCAUUCUUUUCUGAGAUGGAUUUUUCCAGCAAUCUUCGUACACAGCCUGCCCCCUACCGACCCAAGAUCGCCCACCCCAUGGAUACAUCCAACUUUGAUCCUGUGGAGGAGGAGGGAGGUCCAGGAGCCUGGAGCGAUAGUGGGGACAGUACCCGCACUUGGGACACUCUUUGUUCUCCUCAUGGCAAACACCCUGAGCAUGCCUUCUACGAGUUCACUUUCCGCAGGUUUUUUGAUGAUAAUGGCUGUCCAUUCCGUUAUCCCAAGCCCCUUGAGAUGACACAAGACCUGUUCUGCAGUGGUGGGGCAAAUAGCUUGAAGUCUGAGUUGGAGGAGGAAGAGAUUCGUGAAGAGGAAGAACAAGGGGAAGGGUGUGAGCCAGUUUAUGUGUGAGACUGUUAAAGUGAGUGUUCAUGCUGCUCUGCCUUUACCCAUACAGGGCCUUACCAGUUAACACGCUGCAUCUCCUACCCUUCCUAUAAGCCCUACUUUCUCUUCAGGGACAUGGAAAACAACAGAAAUGGAGUGCACCAAGUUCCAUGUGAAAUGUUUUUAUUCCUCCAAAAUCAUUAUGCAGUAUCCUUUGCCUGACUGAAGCUCUGACCUGGGACCAAGGAAGUGCGCAAGAUAUAAAGCAAGAUAUAGUCCAGGGGAUGUUGGUGUGAUUGAUAAAUUAAGAGAUGUGUAGCUGCUGCUCUGUGGUUUGUCAGUCAAACCACUCUACUCUUGUAUUUAGUGUGAUCUGUCAAUGGAGCCCCAUUCCUUUAUUCCUUUGGGUGAAAAUACCCCAGUGUUACAUUUUAUAUGGUGAUGCUAACACAGCCAUUCCGAAAACCAGAGAGGCCAUGGUGAGGGAACAGAAGAGAGGAUAAUGGUGGUUAGGUUGUGAUUAGGAAAUGAUGUCAUAGAGCAGACAGAUGCAGCAUAAUUCUCCUCCACAGUGCAAUCCCACAACAUGCAAAAACGUUGUCAGUCACUGCUGUGGAGGUUUAUUGACUAUUAUUUUUAAUUACUCAUAAAACCAAUGCAGAAACAUGCUGUCAAAUAUAUAUUUUCUAAUGUUUGGAAAUCAAUAGACAAAUUUUCAGAUAUGGGAUCUCAGCUGAUUUGUCAAAAACAAAACAAAAAUGUAAAGUUUGAGAACAUUUUGUGGUGCCACCAAGUGCCUCAAAGUGACACCGUAAAGAAUCAUGGUUUUUGGAGAUCCAACAUGAUGGACUGAGACAAAGUCACUUCUUUAUAUAUGUUACGUGCUAAGUCAAUCCAAAAGAUCAUGCUAAAUUUGGCAGUUAAAUACACUAAUCACAGUAUUUUGUAAAUAUUACACAGUUAUACUUUUAUAUUUCAUGCCUCAUCAGGUUAAAUGGUGCUCUAAAAAGUGACAAAUAUGGACACAAAAUGUUCUAUAUGUACAGCCAGCACUUCAUGAACAUGGGAUCUUAAAAACUCAUUAUUAAAGGUUUGACCGUAACAUCUGUUAAAUAUUUCAGCAACUAUUACUUGAGCUGAAUAACUGCGUGAUGAAACAUAAGGAAGCAUGAAUGCCAUAAAAAUCUGAUUGUAAUGUUGAAUAUGAAAUUUAAGAGUAAAAGUGACCUAAUUCCUGUUUCUGCUCACUUAGCAACAUUCUGCGAGGUAACAUUUGUGAAUAUAACCAUGUCAUGAUAUGUUGCAGUAUUCAAACAUUUGAAUAUACUUAAGUGUGUUAGUUUAGUUGCCAAAAUAUUGCUUUAUUCAACUAAGAUUUGAAUUUGACACUUAUUUUGCCUGGCAUGAUUGAAUUUGUUGAAAAGCUUUUAUUACAAAACUGUUUCCAGUUCUGUCAUCUGUGGCUUUCAUGUAUAUCUAACACAAAAAUCAUGCACUGUUUUUCGAGUUUUGCUUUCUUAGACUGCCAUAGACAUAAUGGGCAUGCAGCUGGCAAUCUGAAGCAAUGCCAUAACCUUAUAGUUUUUUAUUUUUAACUUAAACCUAACUGAGAAACAGUACAAUAGCAUAACAUCUUUAAAUGCCUCUUAUUGUUUAACUCUUUCUCUGGCUUUAUUCUUUACCUUUUUCUUAAAACAUCUUAAUUGCAUUCAGUUUCAUAAGAUCUUAAGUCAGGGUGGGUUGUUUUUGUUGUGUGUGUUCAUCCUCACUAGAUGUAAUUUUGUCUGUCACCAUCAGUGAACUCAACAAAUUUAACUGAACACUUGUGAAAAAAAUGUUAACAUCAAGGCUGCUGCACCAUCUCAAUGUGUGAUCACUCACUGCACAGUGUUAUAACAAGACAGUCUAUGACUGAAUGUAAAGAAUACUUUUGAGGCAGUUGUAGGAACUCUUUAGAAAACCGUGAAAAAAGCGGCAAAAGAAAAGGCAAACGUAUCUGAUAGUAUGACUAUGUGCAAUACAGAAAAUACAUUAUAUAAUUUUCUAAAUACAACAAAUAGCCUUUAUAAUUUUAAAACUGAAUUAUGCUAUGUAAAAGUAUAUAUUAUAUUGAUUUAUAUAUUUUCAGUAUAGUUUCAUGACCCAAUGCUGCUUAUUAUUACAAUAUAAAGAACAUUAUCAUCAUACUUUCAUUCUCUCUGUGUAUUAAGUGUGGAAUUGAUUGUCAGUGUGAUUGGUCUGGUGUAAGUAAACCGUAUGCCUUCUAAUGAAUGUGUGGGUGUCCACCAUGUGCUGGUCAGUAUUUCAAGAGGAGGUGGAAAUACCUCUUCUUGCUCUCAGGCCGGUCCUGACUGUAAGAGAGAAGGUGUUUUUGGAGGGCUAGCUUGAGAAAGAAAAAAAAGCAAGAAUGAAUGCUUGUCAUUGAGACUGAAGGAGGUUUAUGUGGAUGUCUGGGUAGGAGGGAUAUUAAAACGCAUAUUAUGCAUGGUUUGCUUAGUGAUAAGACUGUGGCAGUUGUUUUGAAUUUCUGCGAUUAUGUCCAUUUAAUAUUGUUAAUAUCUGUUAUCUAAUAAUUUGUUGUGAUUGUGGGUCACUGCACAAAAUGUUCUCUGUAUUAAUUAUAAUCUCGAGCUGACUGACAAUCAUGUCAUUAUGUGCUUGCCUUAGACCAAAUUAAGAUGUCAAGUCAGUUUUGUUAAAUUAUCCCUUACGACCACUGACUGAAAAGCUUUAAAACAACAGUCAAUGAAACCAUUUUGUGUUUUUAUAUAUAAUGUGUGUGCCAGAACGAUCCCUCCUUAAAAGCUAAGUGAAAUUUUAACAAACAUAUUAAGGAGACAACUUAUGUGUGUGCCAUAAAACUUAAAUUGGUAUCAUGCCUUUGAUUGUUGAUUGAUUGAGCUCAGUGGAGUGUGACAGCAAGUGUGGCAGAGGUUUUGCUAACCCAUAUUCAUCAGAAUGGACCACUCAGUGAAAAAGCAUUAGCUUUCAGGAGUCAGGUUUAAGGUUUGAAUGUAAUGUGUGUGAUGUGCUUAGGAUGGAUUCUCUUGUGUUUUACUUUUGAAAGUGUUGACUGACAAUCUUUGACUGUAUUUAGAGUUGUGUGAUGAUUGGAUUUUUUUAUUUUAUUUUUUUUAUGUUUUUGUAUUUUAACAGAUGAAUGGGUUGGGAACUUGGGACUUUUUGACAUUUGUAAUCUUCUAAAUGUAUUAUACAAUACUGUUACUAUUGAACAUAUAUUUAUACAGAUAUACAUAUUUUUUGUAUCCUCAAUUCUUAUUGUUUCUCUUUUCCGAGCUAACUUUUGAACCCCUACAUGUCUACGGUAUUACAGACAGAAUGCAUUUGGAUUUAUAUCUCUUUAUGUGUAUGAAUUGAAAAUGUAUAAGAAAUGCUUUCACUGUCCUCACAUGUAAAUGUAUGUCUAAAUUAAAUUAAACAAAUCAUCCA